AUGGGCCAUGUCAAACCCCUUACUAUUUCUUGCAUGCUAAUCAUCUUUGAUGCUUAUUUGUUUGACUGGUCCUGGGGCACAUCUGCUAUGUUCGAGGGCCAUGGACAUUGGGUUAAUUCCCUGGCAUUGAGUAUAGAAUAUGUUCUUCGGACUGGUGCCUUUGAUCAUACUGGUAAACAAUAUUCAUCUCCUGACGAGAUGAAAGAGAUUGCUUUGGAGCUGUAUAAAAAGAUGAAUGGCAAUGCCCCUGAAAGAUUGGUUUUAGGGUCUGAUGACUUCACCAUGUUUCUUUGGGAACCUGUUGUUCCUCAGGUUAUGUGGCUGUGGUUCACUCUAGACCAGCCUAUGGGGACCCAUGCUAUGAAGAAACUUGUGAACCAUGUUUAUUUUUCACCCAAUGGGCAAUGGAUAGCAAGUGCCUCAUUUGACAAGUCAGUCAAGUUAUGGAAUGGUAUCACUGGAAAAUUUGUUGCUGCAUUUCGAGGUCAUGUGGGACCUAUCUACCAGAUAAGCUGGUCUGCUGAUAGUAGGCGAUUUUUAUGUGGGAGCAAAGACUCUACUUUGAAGGUUUGGGAUAUCAGGAUGCAGAAGUUGAAACAAGACAUGCCCGACCAUGCAAAUGAGAGUCUAGAUGGUGAGAAGGUAGCAUCUGGUGGUAAGGAUAGGGUUUUGAAGUUAUGGAUGGAAUAG